AUGUCCAACUGCACAGAUUCGGCAGCUCUUUCCAAGUCUGAAUCAAAUUUUGUUGUUUUGUUAUGGACAUGGCCUUUUAAUUACCAGUUCCCUGUAGAUGAGUGUCCAAAACCCUUUGAUACUGCUAAGUGCAUGUUUACAGCCAACCAUAGCUUCUAUAACAAAGCAAAGGCAGUUGUUUUUCAUCACAGGGAUGUAUGUCAAUCCAGAAAGCAGAUGCCCCAAAUGCCAAGGCCAGAAGGACAGUAUUGGGUGUGGUUUACUUUGGAAUCUCCAAGUCACAGCCCAAACCUGCAGUUCAUGGACAAACUCAUCAACCUCACGAUGUCCUACCGAAGUGACUCUGAUAUCUUUACUCCUUAUGGAUGGUUAGAGCAGAAUGAAGCUGCUGAUAAUUAUACAAUCCCAGAAAAGUCUCAGCUGGUGGCUUGGGUUGUCAGUAACUGGAACCCUCAAAGCAAACGGGUCAGGUUUUAUGAGGAAUUGAAGAAUUACAUAACCAUACAUAUCUAUGGUAACCAACAUCUCCCUUUAAUCAGGGAGCAAACAAAUUCAGUUAUCUCUAAAUAUAAGUUUUACUUAUCCUUUGAGAACUCAAUACAUACAGACUAUAUAACAGAAAAGCUCUGGCGUAAUGCUUUACUGUCGGGAAGUGUCCCAGUGGUUCUUGGCCCACCCCGAGAAAACUAUGAGAAAUUUAUUCCAUCUGAUUCAUUCAUUCAUGUCGAUGACUUUCCCAGUGCAAAAGAGCUGGCUUCUUACCUACUUGAACUGGACAAAAGUGAUCAGAAAUACCAGGAAUACUUCAAAUGGAGAUCAAAAUUGAAGCCAGUGGGAAAUACUUCUUGGAUUAUACAUUACUGCAAAGCAUGUAUAGAACUACAAAGUGCCCCUCCGUAUAGAACCACACCAAGUCUUACCAAAUGGUUCACAUAA